AACCCCUGCGCGGAAUUCUCGCACUUUGUGCUGCGGAUUAGUGAGACUUGAAUUCGGCAACUGUGCAUGUGUGCGUACAUUCGGUCCAACCUUCAGCAUGGUUAUGUUAUUUGGGAGGUAGAGUCGCUAGAGCGUUAGUUCUGUGCAACACGUCCAGCAAGCAGCAAGUACAACGAAUUUUGGUGCUCCAUCCCGAGUGAUUCAUAGACAUUUCGUGGCGAGAAUGUUCCUGCUGUGGGCGUUGCCCCUGGCACUGUAUCUGUUCUAUCGGUGGAGUGUAGCUACGUACGAUUACUUCGAGAAGCGCAAAAUCCCAUACGUGAAGCCGGUUCCAUUUUUCGGCCAGGUGUGGUCCUUCUUUACCCAAGGAAAGCAUGCAGUCGAUGUCGCCUCGGAAGGGUACUACAUGUUCCCGAACACACGCAUCUCGGGUGUGUUUACGCUGCGGACACCGGCCUAUCUGGUGCACGAUCCGGUAUUGUACAAGCAGAUGGCGAUCAAGGAUUUCGACCACUUUACCGACCAUGUGACGGAGUUCUACCCCGAUACGGAUCCGAUUCUUGCCCGUUCGCUCUUCUUCACCAAUGGAACGCACUGGCGCCAGCAUCGGUCCGGUUUGAGUCCGGCCUUCACCGGGAGCAAAAUGCGCAGUAUGUUUGGGCUGCUUUCGAAGAUUGCCGGUGACGCGAUGGACCGGUUGGUGGUGUCGAGCCGUGGCAAAUCGUUUACGAUGGAGCUGCGUGAUCUGUACUCGCGGCUCGGGAACGAUGUGAUGACGUCGAUCUCUUUCGGCGUGGAGGUGGACUCGCUAACGGACCGUGACAAUGAGUUCUUCCUCAAAGGAAAACGGUUGGCACAGAUCGAUGGAUUGCCGGGGCUGAAGUUCCUGAUGGCUACCACCAUUCCGAAAGUGUUCCGAUUUUUAAGGCUCAGUGGGCUGUACAAGGACGUGAACGAGUUCUAUCUGGAUGCUGUUUCGAGGAACAUAAAGCUGCGUGAAACGAAUCGUAUUACCCGGCCGGACUUUAUUCAUCUGCUGCUGCAAGCACGCAAGAAUACACUGGGCGCGGAGAGGCAUGACGAUGAGACGCUUGAGAAUGCUGGAUUCUCUACCGCGCAGACGCAUGCCGUUGAGCAGAAGGGAGAAGGGAAGCUGAGCUGGGAGGAUAUCGAUAUUGCCGGAGCAACGGCUUCCUUCUUCUUUGGAGGCAUCGAGACGACCACGACACUGCUGUGCUUUGCGAGCUACGAGCUAGCUUUGAAUCCGGUGAUCCAGGAUCGGUUGAGAGCAGAAAUUGAUGGAGCGCGGGAAGAACUUCCGGAUGAGAAAACCCCAACGUACGAGGUCCUGCAGAAGCUGAAGUAUCUGGACAUGGUUGUGUCGGAAACGUUGCGUCGUUGGACACCUCUUGGGCUAACGAAUCGCAAGUGCACUAGAGACUACACGUUCACCAACACCGAUGGCACCAGGGUCACGAUCGAGCGUGGUCAGAAUGUAUCGAUCCCACUGAAAGCGUUCCAUCUGGAUGCAAAAUUCUAUCCCGAACCGCUCCGGUUCGAUCCCGAUCGAUUCUCGGACCCCACCAACAUUAACCAGGACGCGUACGUACCGUUUGGGACGGGAUUGCGGAACUGCAUCGGAUCGAGGUUAGCGUUGAUGCAGGCCAAAUGCAUCCUGUUCUACUUGCUGUCUAACUUUACGAUUCAACCGGGCGCAAAACUGACCAUACCGCUCGUGCUGGAUGAAACAUCGGCUGGGCUGAACGCAAAACGCGGCUUCUGGAUGAACCUGGUGCCGAGGUACGUUUAGCCGAGCCUUCAAGGUUCGGCGUGUGAUAAGAUAAGAGUCGCGGAACCAGGCGUUUGUACCGGAGUGCCGGAAGAUAUGUGGCAUCGAUGCUACUGUUGCUCUUGUGUCGCUAUAUGUGAGUGUGUUUGUGUGUGAUUGUGAUUGCGUAUGUGUGUUUGUGAGGGAAGCGUUGUCCAUAUCUCGGGGAUAUCCCCCAAUACAACCAGUGUCAUAAACGUUCCUUUAAUCGUACAACAACAAAAAUGUUAUGCACAACCUGUUGUAGGUUUUAUGAGAUGAAGAAAAUAAAAGCACUACGUUUAGAGUUAAAAUCUUUAA